AUGCCAAUAUUCAAUAUAGCCAUGCCCGGGGAUGCAAUCUGGUCCGUCGUGGCCAUCGCGAGUGACUUCAACGACGUUCAGGACGUCCUUGCAGAACUGAAAGACGGAACUGCGACCUUGACCACGCUAUUUGCCGCGGCGGUCAACACAAGCAAACAUCAUCCAGAAGUAUUCAUACGUGACGAUGCUCAAGAUUUGGAGGACAUGCAGACUUGGAAGUAUAGCGUGAUCGACACUCGAGAGUAUGCUGAUGAUCAACUCAAUAUGAAAGAGACAGUGACUGAACUGCCAGAUAAUGUGGGAUUUCGACAAGUUAUGGAGGACAAUGCCCAGGGAAAGAAGGAGUUGAACAAACUGAUGAAAGUCAACCCACCAUCUGGGCACACAUUUUGCUUUCUUUGA